AUGAAUAUAUUUUGCUGGAACUGUCGUGGUGCGGGUAAAGCUGCGACAGUCCGUGAACUUCGCGAUUUCGCGAGGGAAUUUACCCCUACCCUGCUGUGCGUCGUUGAAACUCAAAUUGAGGGUGCUAGGGUAGAAGCUUUGGCUGGAACAUUGGGUUUUGAUAACUCUUAUGCUCAUCUCGAUGUGUCUGUUGAGGAACAAGAUGCAGAGAAGUGGAGGAUGACGUGCGAAUAUGGUGAUUUUAACGAGGUUUUACGUCCAGAUGAACAUCAAGGAGUUGGUCAGCGUAGCAACGCUCAGAUCCAAGCCUUCAGAGAAGUUCUUGACGUUUGCAUGUUGCUUGAUUUGGGAUACAAAGGCAAUUUUUGGACUUUUGAGAAGAAGGUAACAGGUGGGAGCUAUACGAGGUGUAGACUUGACAGAGCUCUCGCUAACGCGUCAUGGCUGGCCAAGUUCCCGCUGGCUGCAGUCACACACUUGAUGGGGGUAACUUCAGAUCAUGCACUCCUAUUGCUAGAGCUGGAUGCUGGUACACAUGAGCAGAGGUGGAGCCGGGAUACUUUUGGUAGUGUAAGGAAAGAGAUAAAAAAACUCAAACUCAUGCUUGAGGAACUUAAGAACGACCCGGCAAGAACUGGUCCUUCCCAUGUUGAGCUCAAAAUCAAUGAAAAGCUGAUAGAGAUGUACUACAGGGAGGAGAUUAUGUGGAGGCAGAGAGCGAGGGUUGAAUGGUUGUCGGCAGGGGACAAAAACACGAAGUUUUUUCACCUUCGAGCUAGUCUUCAUCGCAAGAAGAAUAUGACCAAAGCACUUCAGAAUUCGCUAGGAGUAGAGAUCUCCGACCCAACAGAGUUAAAGGUUUUGGCUAAUGAUUUUUAUAAAUCCUUAUAUCUAUCUAAAGGGGUCCAAAACAUGGAUGCGGUGCUCAACCAUGUCCCGAGGAAGGUGACAGCCGAGAUGAGCUCCAACCUGUGUGCCCCGUACACCAAAGAGGAGGUGAAGAUCACUCUAUUUCAGAUGUUUCCGACCAAAGCUCCGGGUCAGACGGUUUUCCUGCUCAUUUUUACCAAAAGCACUGGGAGAUUUGUGGGGAUGAAGUGA